AGGUGGCCUAGUCUGGUAGCCUUGGUCUUGUUAAUACUGGGCGGGAUCCUCAUCAUCGUCCUUGCUUUUGUCGCUCCAGGGAUCGUGAAGGAGUACGCCGAGCAAGCGAUCGUGGUAGAACCUAGAAGCCUUUCCAUCGACUCCUUCACCGCGUCCGGCGUUCGCACUCGGAUUCAAGCGAGUGUCUGCCUAGAUUCCCGUCGAGUAUCACAAGACCCGGUCCGUAACCUGGGCCGCUUCUUCACCUAUCUGGCCGCGGAAGUGGAGACUGGCGAGAGUGAUGUCGAGGUCUCCCUUCCCGAGUACGGCAAUGUCGUCCUAGGCACUGCUCAAGUCCCGCCGAUCAAGAUGAGUAUUCGAGACGGUCAGUGGAAAUUCAUCGAUAUCCUCGUCGACGUCAGGCCUGGACAGGUAGACGGUCUUCGCAGUAUUGCCAACGACUGGAUCGAUGGUCGCCUGGGUCGCCUGCGCGUGCUUGCUAAAGCACAAGUUCCCCUCUCGAGUGGCCUGAUAAACGUCGGACGUCAAGACAUCCGACAAGAGCUCAUGCUUUCCAACGGUAAAAUCCCCAAGAUGCCAGCUUACAAGCUGAAGGAUGUGUCAGUUCAUGAGGUCGAUGGUCCGAAUGGCAACAGUAGCGCUGUCGCGGUUGAUGCCAGCCUGGGUGUGAUGAACGACUACCCUGUCGAAUUCACAGUCCCUCCUCUGGAAUUUGACAUUCUUGUCGAUGCAUGUGCAGAAAACGACCCUAACAUUGUUGUUGCUCGAGCAAGAACUCAUGAGCUCAAUGUGAAGCCUGAGCAGUUGUUAGAUGCUCGAGUCACCGCUACGAUGCAUCACCUCCCAGCCUCUCUCAUCCGCGAUUGUCCGAAUGCAGGCGAUUCGCCUCUCGAUCGUCUAGUCGGCAAUUACCUCCACGGGAAAAACACUACCAUCUACAUUCGUGGCUCACCAAGCCUCUCUUCGAUCGAAUCUUCCUCCUCAGAACAACUCCCAGCUCCAGAGAGCGAGGCACCUGAAUGGCUCACUGGCCUGCUCUCAUCUCUCACCCUUCCCAUACCUAUUCCCCCACCUUCUCUGGACAAAAAUCCACUCAUUCGAAAUUUCUCACUCACCAACACUCAUUUCGAUCUUCCCGACCCAUGGGCUGAAGACCCAAAUUCACCCGAGGCCAAACCUCGAAUCUCUGCUGAUGUUCGCGCGCUGGUCGCAUUACCUCCACCGAUCGCACUAAACCUCAAAAACUUCGACGUGGACCGCGUUCGUGCCGAUGCGGAUGUUCUGUACAACGGAACGAAAUUUGCCGAGCUCGAUCUGAGUGCCUGGCAGCGAGCUAACCUGACCCACCUCAGCACCAAGAAAUCUCAGCCAACUCUUCUCCUCAUUCAGUCCCACAUUGACCAAGCGCCCCUCAUCAUUACAAACGAAGAUAUCUUCACUAAAGUGGUGGAGAAACUGAUCUUUGGCGGCAAGGGCUCGAUCGUCCACCUACAAAUUGUCGCGCAAGUGGAUGUCGAGGUCGUCACAUCUCUCGGCGAUGUUGUGGUUCGCAAAUUGCCGGCGCACGGAGAUGUGCCUUUGAAACAAUCCGCACCACAACCGCCUCGUCACCAACUCCCUCCCAAGACUAACCUCACCCUCCUGAACCCGCACCUCACCGACCUCCGCCUACACUCCAGCACCCGUACCAGCCUCGUCCUCGCCGCCAUCUUCGGCUUCACAAACCCUACGCCCUACAGCGCGCAAAUCCCCUAUUUCUCCGCGGAAUUCCUCAGCUCGGGACAUUUACUCGGCGGGAUCACUCUCGGGAGGAAUACGAGUGUGACCGAGGGACGGAAUGAAGAUGUUGGGGUGUCGGUGGAGUAUGCACCGCUUUUACAGCAGCACCGCGCAGGCAUUUCGGCGGAGGACGAAGGACGCAAAGCCCGGGACGAAGGACGCGCUUUUCUCGGUAAAUUCAUCUCCGGUGGAAAAGAAGACCUCGUCCUCGGCGUGCGCGGUUCCCCGAGGACGUUCAUCCCCGAGGGAUCUCCCGCGGCGAGGAAUGAUAAGAUCAGGAUUCCGAGAGGAUUGUUGAAGAUCGGCGGCGGCGGUGGUGGGAUGCAAGAUGAUGACGACACCAACGAGGGCGACGAUGGGGGCGACGAUGACGGGUUGCAUUUCAUCCAAGAUGCAACCUUCCAUCUCUUUUCUAGCUCCGCGACCACCAACACCGCCGUCCCUCCAAAACCGACCACAACCCUCCAUCCCAUCGCGCACAUCUUCUACUCCGACCCCUUAACAAUCCCACCACCCGCGAAAAGACCCCUCGACCCCCCCGACGACGACGAUGGAAUUCCAGGGUGGACAACGCCCAAAUUACCGGUUGAAUGGUCGCUGGGUAGUGUCGGGUAUGAGGCGGUGCGCAAGGCGCUGGGGGGAUCGUUGAAGGUUGGCGCUCGGGCGGAGAUUGAUGUGGGGAUUGGAGAGUGGAGGGAACAGAAGGUCGUUUUUGAGAGGGAGGGGGGCAUUGGGGCGAAGGUGAGGUUGUAG